UAGCAUGCCAGCAGCACAGCUGGAGGGCUGCAGCCAAGAACUUCUACAUCAUGAUGAAUAUGGCAUUUACCCUUGACUGCGUCUGAGGAGUGAGGCUCAAGAAAUUUCCUCUCGGGAGGCUGUAUCAGUAGGUGGAGAGUAAGUGCUUUGUGAGCUCCAGAGCCCCAGGGAGGAUUGGAGUGCUGGUUCUGCAGAGCUGCGCCCCUCAUUAUGCAGUUCUGGUUCCAGAAAGGGACUGCUUCUGCUUCGGGAGGAAGCUUCUGAAGGUCUUCAAAGUGAAUGAGAGAAGGGCAGUGCUUUUGCCCUGAGAAAAAUCACUGUGCUUCAAGCUGUCAAGUUUGACCUGGACUGGAUCAGUUAUCCAGAGCUUCUGAAUACGGUGGUGGUGUGAGGAUCACAGGAGCCUUCCUUGUGGCUGGAAGAAGUGCACAGCAGACACGUUUAACACCAAUGGCUGAGAGAGACAUGCUUCCUUCCAGCAGUGAUUAAAACCAGAAAUGGAGUGCACCGUUAGCACCAUGGGGUGCAACUCUUCUGCAGAUUACAGUAAACACAAAUAUAAUGAAACAGCCAUAAAAGCUACUGUGUUAAUCCAGAGGUGGUACCGCUGUAAAAAAGCCCAGCUAGAGAUCCGCCGCCGCUAUUCUCUCACUAUCUUUGAGUCAAUCGAAUAUGCUGAUGAGCAAGAGCAAACACAGCUGUCCAACUUUUUCACAUUCAUGCUGGAGCACUGUGUUCAUCGUGGUGAAGUUGCUCACACUUCCACCAGCUCCCAUGUUUCUCCUGGUGCAGACUCAUAUGUAAUUGAGUAUGAAAAGAUUGAUGUUCCAGACUCCUAUCGUGGACCAAGACUCUCAUUUCCCCUCAAUAUUGCACAUGCUAAGGCUCUUCUUAACGCGCUCAAGAAUCGACAGCUGCUUCAUCCCCGCUAUGUACUGCAGCUGUUAGAUGAGACCAGAAAACUUCUCAAGGAGAAGCCAAAUAUCACCCAUGUUUCAGUUUCCUACUUCAAGGAGAUAACCAUCUGUGGAGACUUACAUGGAAAUCUGGAUGAUCUUUUACUGGUAUUCCACAAGAAUGGUCUGCCUUCAGAAAACAACCCUUAUGUCUUUAAUGGUGAUUUUGUUGACAGAGGAAAAAACUCUAUGGAAAUACUUAUAAUCCUAUUUGUGUUUCUUCUUAUCUACCCAAAUGAUUUUCACUUGAACAGAGGAAACCAUGAAGACUACAUCUUAAACAUGAAAUAUGGCUUCACUAAAGAAGUUUUGAAGAAGUAUAAGGUCCAUGGCAUGACAAUUCUGUACCAUCUGCGAGACGUUUUCAGCUGGCUUCCCCUUGCCACUUUAGUUAAUAACAAAGUGCUUAUUGUACAUGGAGGAAUUUCAGACUCCACAGAUUUGGAUUCCCUGAAUUUACUUGAGAGAAAUAAGCUGAAAACAUUGAUGAAGCUACCAAAGUUAGACAGAAAAAAACAAGUGAAAAUACAAGGCAUCUCACUGAGCUACUCUGAGCUUUUCCGAUGGAGUUCACAUCCAGAACUCACCGAGGAGGAGCGGAAACAAGUCCUGGACAUUCUCUGGAGCGAUCCAAAAAAACAACACGGCUGUACUCUGAACCAGCGUCGAGGAGGAGGUUGUUGCUUUGGCCCUGACACUACUGACCAGCUGCUUAAAAAGUAUAAUCUGAAGAUGCUAAUCAGGUCUCAUGAAUUUAAGCCGGACGGCUACGACCUCACUCAUGAUGGGAAGGUUAUCACUAUAUUUUCUGCUUCUAACUAUUAUGAAGAGGGGAGCAACCGGGGAGCAUACAUCCGAAUGAAUCCUGACCUGGUUCCCCACUUUAUACAGUACCAAGUCUGCACGAGCACUGACAAGCGGAAAAACUGGGAGAGGGUGAAAACAAUUGAACAGUCUGCUUUACAAACCUUACAAGAGAGGAUUUUUGUUCACAAGCAAAAACUCAUGGACACCUUUGCAAAGUAUGACCGCAACAGCACAGCAGGCAGGAUUUCUGUCAGUGACUGGGCAGCAGUGAUGGAGUCAGUCUUACAACUCAAACUGCCCUGGAGGACACUGAAGUCUCGGUUAGUGAAGACAGAUCCAGAUGGAAACGUUGACUACAUGUCAUGUUUUUACUGUAUGGACACAGCUCGUCCUAUGCAUCAGGUUCAGCCAACUUUGGUGGAAACGCUGUGCAAAUACAGAAGAGAUCUGCAGGUGAUCUUCAACAUCAUGGAUGAAGAUCAGUCAGGUCUAAUUUCACCUGAUGAGUUCCGCAAAACCUGGAAAAUCUUCAGUUCUUACCUGGGUAUUUAUUCACAUGAUGAAGCCAUUGACAAGUUAGCCCAGAGCAUAGACUACAACAAAGAUGGCUAUAUUGACUUCAAUGAAUUUUUAGAGGCCUUUCAUGUGGUUCGCAAACUAGAGAACAAGGCAGCCUAGGGAAAGGGCAGAACU